AACAAAACUACCAAGAAGAAAGGCCAGUGUACAUAAUAAGAAGAAGGAAAACAGGCGAAUUUAUAAGAGGAUGUCGGAAAGGGUAGCUUCGUGUGGGAGCCUGUAUGACAGCACCAACCUGCUGCUACAAUACUGCAACAACGAUGACACGGUGUCAGCCGGCAGUAACAUGGACAUGGAGGACCGCGUGUCCCACCUGGAGCAGAGGCUGCAGCUGCAGGAGGAUGAGAUCCAACUGCUGAAGGCCGCUCUGGCCGAUGCUCUGCGUCGCCUUGGUUAUUGUGAGGAGCACAGUGUGGGCCUGACACAGGGGGGGCGAAGACCACUGUCCACUGCUGCUGCCCCCCCAACUAAAGUGCGUCAGCUGCUACAGGCUCUUCCCUCCAGACCACUGAGUAAUGGAUAUGUACAGCAGAAACGCAUGCUCUCCUCUCCUUCAUCUCCAAAGAAAGAGACAGUGCAGUCUAUCAAGAGAAAAAGCCAGUCCACGGAGCGUUUGACCCUGGUAAGGAGAGAGCUGGGUUUAGAGAGUCGCAGUCGAACCACAUCAUCCAGCAGCUCGUCUGGAGGCAAAAGCAAAUCCAAAGAAUGCACUUUUAAUGCAGAGGACAGCUAUGUGCGGAUGUUCUUGCGAGGCCGCCCUGUCACCAUGCACAUCCCAGAUGAUGAGAAAGAGAGCUACAGUCUGGACCACAAGGUGGUGCUGCCUGAUCGCAAACUCAAGCUGCAGUGGGUUUAUGGCUAUCGGGGGCGUGAUUGCCGCUCAAACUUGUACUUGCUGCCUACAGGAGAGAUUGUCUACUUCAAUGCUUCUGUUGUGGUGCUGUACAACACUGAGGAGCAGCAGCAGAGGCAUUACCUGGGGCACAAUGAUGACGUAAAAUGCUUAAGUGUGCAUCCUGACAUGGUAACCAUAGCAACAGGACAAGUGGCUGGAAACACUAAAGAUGGAAAGUCUCUUCCUCCUCAUGUUCGUGUGUGGGACUCUGUGAGCCUCAACACACUGCAUGUUCUUGGGAUGGGAGUUUUUGACCGUGCUGUCACCUGUGUGGCUUUCUCCAAAUCAAACGGUGGUGCUUUCUUGUGUGCUGUGGAUGAUGCCAACGAUCAUAUUCUGUCUGUCUGGAACUGGCAGAAAGAGAAGCAGUUGGCUGAUGUCAAGUGCUCCAAUGAUUCAGUAUUGGGAGCUUUAUUUCAUCCAAUGGACGCCAAUUUGAUUGUUACGUGUGGGAAAUCUCACAUCAACUUUUGGACCAUGGAGGGCAGCACUCUUACUAAAAGACAAGGGCUGUUUGAGAAACAUGAUAAACCAAAGUACAUACUUUGUGUGGCAUUUGCUGAGAAUGGAGAUGCCAUAACAGGAGACUCCAGUGGAAACAUCUACAUUUGGGCUAAAGGAGGUAACCGCAUCAGCCAGGUGGUGUCUGGAGCCCAUGAGGGGGGCAUCUUCUCUUUGUGUGUGCUGAAGGAUGGUACCCUAGUGUCUGGGGGAGGGAAGGACCGCAAGGUGGUUCUGUGGGACCAUGACUACACAAAACAGUCUGAAAUGGAGGUGGGUGAAGCAUUCGGCCCGGUCCGAGCAGUUGCUGAAGGAAAACAAGGGGAGCUCUUUGUUGGCACCACCAAAAACGCCAUAAUUAGAGCUGCUUUCCCUGACACAUUAACUCCAAUUGUACAGGGUCACACUGAUGAACUGUGGGGUCUGGAUGUCCACCCUUCUAUGGAGCAGUUUGUGACCUGCUCCCAGGAUAAGCAUGUCCACCUGUGGGACACCAAUACCCACCAGCCCAUCUGGAGUAAAACCAUUGAGGAUCAAGGACGGUCUGCAGGCUUUCAUCCCAGUGGUGCUGUUGUGGCUGUGGGGACCAUGUCAGGAAGGUGGUUGGUGCUGGACACUGACACCCGAGAUCUUGUCUCGAUGCACACAGACGGCAAUGAGCUCAUCUCCAAUGUCAAGUAUUCUCCAGAUGGAAACUUUUUGGCUGUCGGCUCCCAUGACAACUUUGUUUACAUCUACACGGUGACAGAGGGUGGUAGGAAGUACAAUCGUGUUGGUAAAUGCACUGGUCAUUCCAGUUUUGUAACUCACCUGGACUGGUCAACAGACAGUCAAUACCUGGUCACCAACUCAGGAGACUAUGAGAUCCUCUUCUGGGAAGCCCCCACUGGAAGACAUGUGACCAACAUGGAUACUGUGCGUAACCUGCAGUGGGCCACAUCCACCUGCACUCUGAGCUUCAACACCUUCGGUAUUUGGCCUGAUGGUGCAGAUGGCACUGACAUCAAUGCUUCCUGUCGGUCACAUGAUAGAUCUUUGCUGGCUUCUGCCGAUGAUUUUGGCAAAGUGCACUUGUUCUCCUUCCCCUGUUCACAUCCAAGGGCUCCCAGCCACGAGUACAGUGGCCACAGCAGUCAUGUGACCAAUGUUGCCUUCCUGCACGACGACAGUCACCUCAUUUCCACUGGCGGGAAAGACACCAGCAUUCUCCAGUGGGUGGUGGCUUAGACUGAAACUCUUCUCUGCCCCUCCUCCUAUCACUGUAUCAGCCUCCAGACCAAUGGAGCUCUCCACUGUGCCUAUAGUAACUCACAUUAGCUUGGAUGGCCUGGGCUGAUAAAGCAUACUUGACAAAUUUGCAUUGCUUGGAUAUUAAAUGCUUCAGCAGUAUACAGCGCUGUCCUUAUGCACAUGACCAUAUACAGAACAUAUUGAUUCAGACACAGUGUGCUGGUGAUGGCUAAAGAGUGUUGUUAGUUUAAAAAUAUAUCCUUGAAUGUUCCUACACCUUUCAGUCUGUAAUGUACGUUCCACCUGUGCCUAUCCCAGACUAAUUUAAUGUCCCUUUAAUUGGACUUCUACUGUUUUAAGCGACAUGUGAUUGUCAUUUUAAGUGUUCAUACUUAUUAUGAAUGGAGCUGUUACGAAUGUACACUGCUGAAUUUCCUAUUGUUAUGUUAAGUUGAUCACUGUACUAAAAGCAUGAAAACAUGAGUAAAAAAGGAUAGACAGACAUUUAUGGCAAAACAACCAUAUGUAAUCUGAAUGCAUGCUUGUUUGAGAAGCAAGACUGAAUUGAAAUAGAUGGUACCCUUCAAAACCUUUCCAAUAAUCUGAUGUUAUUGUUUUAAUUUGUAUGUAGUCCAUCAGUGGUACAAUUGAUGUUAUUUCCAUCAUUGUUCUGAGCAUCAUGAUUGAAACUACAGUGCUAAAGAGUGAGCAUAACAGGGCCCUCUAAUGUAGAUGCUGUCCAUAUAACAAAGGUCUAUAGAGUAAAUACUAUAUGUAAUACUAUAUAUUUGAGUGGCUGUGUUAUUUAACUAACUAUGAUGGAUAUUAUUACUGUGGCACUUUUAGAAGUUGACUUAUUUAAACAUGCUGUAGAAGUUGGCUUGAGCUUCUGUUUUGUUAAUAAAGUUUUUACUUGAGCACUAA